CAACAGCAGCAGCAACAUGUGGUCCAGUGGAGGACAGAGCAGGUAGAGAACAUAGGUGAGAGAGAAGGAGAUUGAGAGACGGACCUAAACCUGAAAUCCAAAAGCAAGCUAUAAACAAAAAAGUUGUCAACUCUGUUAAGUUGAUGGAAAAGUUCUUACAUUUUCUUAGAUUGUCUCCUUGGGUAAUGGCUUCAGAUAAGUAAAGGUUAAUAAUAAGAUCAAUACUUAAUGAGGUUGAUAUUUUUCUCGGAGAUGUUUGUCGCUUUGGAGAAAAGCAUCCGCUAAACAAAUAACUAAGUGUAAAUAAUAACUUGUCUCGUAAGUCACCGGAAUGCCGUCAAUCACGCGGAGAGCCCACCAGGUUCUGGAUGAGUCUGGAGGAGAGGCCUCCCCCGAGGCCCCGGAUCGCUUCCGAAAGUCACGCUCCUCGAGCUCCCUCGACUCCCUGCGAAUGUCCCUGAGGAAGCGGCUGCCUUUGAAGACGGUGCCGUUCAACAUCAAUGAGAACUUGAGCUGGGAGUCCCUGCAGGAGAACCGAAAAACGAGCACCAUCCGCCUACUGACCCGGAGCGCUCAGAACUCCAUCGGGGGUGUGUACCAGAAGCUGCAGAAGAGAGGAGAGGAGCGUUUGGUGGUGACCCCCUGUGCGUCACCUGGGGGUUUGGAAAACAGCAACUCUCCAGGUGGCCCUGAGCAGCUCGCUCACUCUGCUGUGGUCACUCCAAGACGGGUCACCCAACGCACCCCCAGAUCAAGCACCCAGAAGACACCACUGGCUGCCCGGACCUCAGCGCAGGCAGGAGGACCUUCGACACUUAGGGGUGGACGCUCAAGGAGGCAGCUGGUGCGGAUGGCGGCGCUGAGGAGUCCAUUUGCCUCCUCUGAUGCCCAAAUCCGCAGGCGGCAAUCUGACGAGGAGCUGGAGUCUUUGUCCAGUGAUCUCAGGAAAUUAGGGGGCUUCUCUCGUGGACGUGAUGGAGCCCUUAGGGGCGAUGAACAAACCCUUGACCUGGAGAACUACUGGUAAGACAGGAUAACGCGGGUGGCCUCUCCAGGAGAAUCGGUCCACAGUGACACUGCUUCGUCAAACGUCCAUGAGUUGAAAGGAAAGUAGAUGUUUUGGGACUGAUGCUCAUCCUACCAUAUGUAUUAUAUACAAAUGCUGCCUCAGAUCUCUCCAUUCAUUGUCUUUUUUUGAAAUUGAGAUUUUUACUAUUUUUUAUCAAGCUGUACCUUACA